CACAAUCCGCCUUACGUGCCUUUGUCCCCUCUUGUUGUAGCCAUUGCUCCCCGUCCCACAAUGGCAUCCGCUCGCUCUCUGAUGCGCCUGAGCUCUGGACGCUCUGUGGCUUCGGCCGCGAGGUCCAAUGCCACUCGCGCCUUUUCCUCAUCUUCGCUGCGGUAUGCUGCGAAGGCAUCUACACAACCGGGCGCCCCGGAGCCUGAGAACAUGCGCCAGGCGCAACGGCCUCCUUCGGGCCCCCUCCGUGCCCCUAUCGUCAAUCCCACCGACAAGUACCAGCACAUGGCCGACGGUCUGCACAGCUACGGACAGUACAUUAUGUCCUGCCUGCCCAAGUACAUCCAGCAGUUCACCGUGUGGAAGGACGAGCUCACCGUCUACACCGCUCCCGCCGGUGUUGUCCCCGUCAUGAGCUUCCUGAAGAACCACACCUCCGCCGAGUUCACUCAGAUCUCCGAUAUCACCGGUGUCGACUUCCCCACCCGUGACCAGCGUUUCGAGGUCGUGUACAACCUGCUGAGUGUCCGCUACAACUCCCGUAUCCGUGUCAAGACCUACGCCGACGAGGCCACCCCCGUUCCCAGUGUGACUGGUCUUUUCGAGGGUGCUCUGUGGUACGAGCGUGAGGUCUACGACAUGUUCGGUGUCUUCUUCUCUGGACACCCCGAUCUGCGCCGUAUCAUGACCGAUUACGGUUUCGAUGGACACCCUCUGCGCAAGGAUUUCCCUCUGACCGGUUACACUGAGCUGCGCUACGAUGAGGAGAAGAAGCGCAUUGUCAUUGAGCCUCUUGAGCUCACCCAGGCCUUCCGUAACUUCGAGAGCGGCUCUACUGCCUGGGAACCUGUUGGUUCUGGCCAGAACCGGACGCCCGAGUCGUUCAAGCUGCCCACUCCCAAGCCAGAGCCGAAGGAGGAAGAAAAGAAAUAGAAAGGGACUGUACGCGUAUCAAUUUUCAUUACCAUGUUUGUAUGUACAUAUCGUUAAUCGAUGGUGUUCUUCACCCUCUGCCCAGUUUGUGCCAAGCCAUAGCGAUCAGAAAUAUAUAUCCACC